UCUUAUGUCAUUUUCAUUGGCAUUAUGGGAAAUCUGCUCGUCUGCUUUGUCGUAGCACGGAAUACGGCCAUGCAGAAUGUGACCAAUUUCUUUAUAGCAAAUUUAGCCGUGUCGGACAUCUUGAUAUGUGUACUAGCUGUGCCAUUCACAUCAGCACAUAUCGCUUUGGGUACCUGGCUUUUCGGCGAAACACUCUGCCAUAUUGUCCCCUUCGCUCAGGGCGUAUCCGUCUACGUAUCAGCAUUUACCCUCAUGGCCAUUGCGGUCGACCGAUAUUUCGUCAUCAUUCAUCCAUUCCGCAGUCGAAUGCAGGUGCCAUUGUGCGCCGCUAUAGUGGCCUGUAUCUGGCUAACAGCGUGCAUGUUCACUCUGCCAUAUGGCACCUUCAUCGAGCAUUUUCACGUCGUCGACGGCACUUUCUGCCAGGAGAACUGGCCAGCCGAACAUAAUCGUCGUACGUUCAGCCUACUAACAACGUUUUUGCAGUUCGUCUUGCCGUUCGCAGUUGUCAGCUUUUGUUACUUGCGUGUAUGUUGUAAAUUGCGACAGCGUGUACGCGUCAAAUCGGGUGCCAAAUCCCUUCGGGAACUUGAACGAAAACGAACUCGGCGUACGAACAGGAUGCUCAUAGUGAUGGUGAUGUUUUUCGCUGCUUCAUGGCUUCCGCUAAACAUUCAUAAUCUAUGGAUUGAUUUCCACAUUCCAGCGGCAGCCUAUUCGGCCUCGUCGUACAACGUUAUCUUCUUCACUUGUCACGCCGUUGCGAUGAGUUCCACCUGCUACAAUCCAUUCCUCUAUGCGUGGCUUAAUGACAACUUCCGAAAGGAGUUCAAACAGGUCUUGCCGGGUUUCCGGAUUGCGACGCCGGCUCCGUCCGUCCGACGAAGUAACUCGCAAGCGAAGCCCGAACGAGCUCAGAACGGGACGGGACAAGUUGAUAUGACUGUACAGGAGACUUUUUUACCGAAGUCAUCAAAUUUUGAGCUUUCGUCCAACAAUAUGCCCGCCCUAAUCACCGUUCGCUAUAGCACAACAGGGCCAGAUCAAAUUCUGCUCACGGUACCCGCUCCGUCCCAGAUUCAAUCUUAA